CACCCAAUAAUUACCCACUGGUAUGCAAUUGUAAACUUUGCCAUUCGAAAGAAAAAAAACAGGAAACCUGCAGCACGAACUCAACCGUUGGUAACCGUCAAUAACUGCUCCAGGCCGUACAAUAUGUUCUGCCACAUAACUGCUCCAAAAUGCACAGGCAACAACUUUCAGUUUCUUCUUCUGAAUCAAUCAUGGCAUUCCAAAAUUGCUUACGUACUCUCACUUUCUUUCUGGGUUUGCUUUUUCAUUCAUCCUUUGCCAUUGAACCUCCAGACUCAGAUAAACCACAAAAACCGUAUUUCGCUUUCAGUUGGGCAAAUGACAACAACACUUUCCAAGCUGGUGAUACUGCAGCCAUAAAGAUUAUAGUAUUAGGAGAGUUUGACAGUAAAGGGAAUGCUUCUCUUGGUAAAAGUUCUUUUAAUCCUAUUCUUACAGUUAAUGGGAAGAUUGGGAAUAGUUCUUUUGUGUCUGGGGUUUUCUUGGACACUGCAGGGGAUACCAGUACUUGGAAAAUUCUCUUCACUCCAAUUAGGGUCGGGGUCUUUAAUGUCUUUAUUGAGGAUGAACCUUUCGAAGUGUUUGAUUCAUCUCUCCAUUUCAAUGCCGUAGCAGGGCAAAUCUAUCCAUCUGUCUGCAUAGCUUCAUGGAUGGGAGUCUUGAAUGAGUAUGAAGCUGGGGCAAAAGCUACUGUCUUUAUUGUUCCUAGAGAUGCAUUUGGGAAUAAUGUUUCUUCAGCUGGUGAAGACUUGAAUCCUCAUAAUUUUUCUGUGUCUGCUCUUUAUGCAAAUGGUUCCCUCGCCAGUGUUCCCAACGUCACUCAUAUUGGUUGGAAUGAGUUUGGUUUUAUCAUCAUUGAGUUUAUUGCUGCAAAAGCUGGAAACCUGUUAUUGCAUGUGAAAGGUGGAAAUCAAACCUUGAUUGGCUCUCCACUUCCAUUUAAAGUGAAUCCAGGUUCUCUAGAUGUUUUGAAUUGCCUGCCCAAAUGGAAGUUUGAGACAAAUGCUUGGCAAAUAUUUUCCAAGAUGGAAAUUUUUAUCUACCAACAAGAUCAGUAUGAGAAUCUUGUUUCUGGAUUACAUGAAUUUGAUGCUGAUAUAACUGAAAAAGAAACAAAUUUGUCUAUACCCAUUUCAGAUUUGUACUUUGAAGAAGUGGUUCCUGGAAUUCAGUUAUUCUCUUUCAGCCUUUUGGAGCCAGGAAACUUCUUGCUCACUAUAUCUGAUUUGAAGCAUAAUAAAAGCAUCUCCAAUAUGCCAUUUGCUUAUAACGUCUUUAUAGGCUAUUGUGAUGGAUCUGCCAGUAUUGUCAAUGGAUCUGGUCUAAACGAUUCUAUUGCUGGUGAAAUUGCAGAGUUCUCACUUUAUUUAGUUGACGUUUUUCAAUAUCCUGCUUUUGUUGAAGUAGAAAGCAUUCAAGUACAGAUUGCAAGGGAAAAUGAUUCAUAUUAUGUACAGCCAAGCAUCCAUCCAAUUAUCAAUGGGAGUGAACCUGCUCGAGAAUUGAGCUAUAGGGCUAUUAAACAAACAGAAGUUGCUCCUGAUCCAUCUAUUUUUCCAAGAAAUGUUUCCACUGGACGCUUGAAAAUUUUGGCAAGUUCUUUUAAUGUGAUUUAUAAGCCUGAGAAGAGUGGAAUUUAUGAAAUACAUGUAUUUUGUGGAAAUAUUUUACUGGGUGGUGGUCACUUAUUCAGGAAGGAAGUGACAGCAGGUGAGGUUAAUAUAUCACUCUCAAAAGUUGUGAAAUCGGCUACCAAGGUGCCAAAGCUGAUUGAAAAUGAAAUAGUGGUGCAACUGAUGGAUACAUUUUCUAAUCCUGUCUUGUCUCAACAGUCACGACUGAAUUUAGAGAUUGAUUCAGUUAACCGGUCCGUUUUUUCAACUGGGAUGUUUGUGGAUAACAAUGAUGGGUUAUAUACUUGCCGGUAUGUGGCCAAGGAUGUUGGAACAUAUGAGAUGUGCGUUUCAUUUGAUGGCAAGCGUUUUACACCCUGCCCCUUUGGGGCCAAUGUGUACAGCAGUGAAUAUUUCCCAAAAGCUUAUGAUGACACAAUUUCUGUGAGGGAGGACGAAUCUAUUGCUGUUGAUGUUUUAGCAAAUGAUUACUUUGCAGGAAACAAUGCAAGUAUUGUUGAAUUCUCAAAACCGGAUCGCGGUUCACUCUUACAGUAUGGACAUUUAUUUAGAUACACUCCCUAUCAAGGCUAUUAUGGGAAUGACUCUUUUAUGUAUACCAUAUCAGAUGUUAAUGGCAAUCUUGCUUCUGCUUCUGUUAAUAUAUCUGUUUCCAAUAUCCCUCCCCAAUUUAUUUCAUUUCCAAGUCAACUGCAAGCAACUGAGGACAUGUUAACCCCCAGACUUGGUGGUUUCGCAGGGUUUGAGAUAAGUUAUUCUGAUCCGUUGGAGAACAUUUCUGUCACACUAAGUGCAGACUCCGGGACUCUUUUUUUGUAUCCUAUGCCGGUGCAAUUUUGGCAGACAACUUGGGGUGAAUUUUCUGUCAAGGAAGACGAUGAUGGAGCCAGGAGUUUGAUCAUAGAGGGCUGUGUGGAUGUUAUCAAUUUAGCCCUGCAGUCAAUUCAAUAUCUUGGAAAUGAUAAUUUCAGUGGUAAUGAUACUAUUCGUCUAUCUGCCAGCAACAUAAACGGGAAAAAUGAGCUGGAAGUUCCUGCUUUUGUGGAACCUAUUAAUGAUCCCCCAUUUAUUAACAUCCCUAAGUUUAUCACGUUGGAGGGAAAUGGCGGUGAAUCACUGAUCUUUAACAAAGCUAGAGAUAAGUUUGCGUUCUGUGUUGGAGAUCCAGAUCUUCUCAAUUUCCCUGCAAAAGACAAGUCUCACUUUUUAGUCAAAUUUUCACUGGAAGUUGAUGAUGGAUUUUUGGUAACCAGUCUACCAGCUGAGCUCAUAAAUACAACUGAAUUGAAGCUAAUGAAUAGUUAUCAGUGGCUACCACUUCAGACAUAUGUUACUAUCUCAAAACAUUUUACGGUCAAAGCCAGUGGAAUUAGAUUUUGGGGCACAAUUUAUGAUUGCAACCUUGUCUUGCAAAAUUUGUUAUAUAACGGGGGAGAACAUGGUGUUGUUUUAACAGUGAAAUUAAAUGAUAUGGGAAACUAUGGUUGUUAUUCAGAUUGCACUGAAAGGAUUUCAAUGCCUUUGCAAGCUGAGGCUACUGUAAAUCUUAUACGAAGUAGGCCAAUGAGCUCAUUAGCAGUGCACACCCUUGGAUCAGUUGUCUUUAUUGAGUUUCUUAUGGUGCUUUCUCUCGGAGUAGCUCUUCUAUUCUUCACAUUCAAGUGUGCAUUUCAUCUUGUAAAUGAAAGAAAAGGCCACAAAAUCGAGAAUGCUCAGCAGUCUACUGUGCAAAAUAUCCAGAAGGAAUCUUCAAGUAACAACACAUCAACUUACUUCACCAGCUGUUGUUCAAGACUUCUUUCACAUCAGACUCAAUCUUCCAACUUUCGACAACGCUCCCAUCAUCGGUUUGGAAUCAAAGAAUCCGGUGAGGAUAUAUGUGGUCCAUCCGAGUCUACUCAUGGUAACCAUCCGCAGACUCUGCCUAGCUUCAUGCCACUUGCUAUCGAGAAGGGGUUCUAAAAUAGGCCUAAAGGAGCAUAAGGAAACAAAGACACUGUCUCUAUGCUGCAUGAGUCCAUCAAAGCAGUUGCUGUCAAGUCGUCUAUAUUCAGACAAGAAAAGUAUUGAAUCUUCAAAUGAGAUCCAGAAGAGUCAUUGGCUCCACUUUUAAUGCAAUAAGAAGCACUACUAUCCACAUAACUAAGAGGCUGGAACACUGGAUUUAGGCACUCGAUGAAAACAAUUGGCUGCGAUAACCUGGGAUAUCUUUCUGAAUCUGCCCAUUUGUAUUUGAAAUUGGAAUAUGUAUCCUCAAGCUCAUAUCAAGUAAGGGAAAAUGUGGAAUGGAGAAGUAAUCAUGUUGAUCAAGACCAGCAUCUACUAGUCGGAGGGUGAAGUUAUUGUAGUUGAUUGCUCGCACAUAAUAUCUUGCAUCAUUUAGAUACAAUACUGUAACAUUAUUUUCACAAGAUAGGCUAUAUCUAUGGUCUCCGCAGUUGCUUGGAUCGGUUUCCAGCCGGAAAGGGUAAGUAAUGUUAGAGAUAUUGCCACAUGAAGAAGGGGCGCAAUGACUGUUAUCUCUACCAUUACAGGUCUGGGGGAAGAAGACUACCAGGAAAGCAAAGCGUAGGAGCCAUUCUCUAGCCAUUAUUAAAAUACUUUGAUAAAGGAUAAUCUUUCUAAGUGAAAAUAGUCUAAAGGAACCGAUGUGCAAAUAACAACAAAUAAAGCAUCUUUUUGAUAUGAAA